UGUGUCGGCACGAGUUCCAACCUGGUCACCUCCCUGUUUCCAAUGUUGAAAACGGCUGUGGAGAAGAACAAACCCGGUUUGGCGGUGAAGUACCUGAUGAGAGCCAAAGAGUGGAUCACUGACAUCGUAGCACAAGUGGAUGACAUAGUGAAGAGGUAUGAUCAACACAACCAAAGUGUGAAAACAUGCACCAGUGACGUGUAUCAAGAACAAACAGAGACCGAAGAAAAAAAAGCGAAAAAAUCUAAUGAGAUGAAGGGUCUGGAGGAUGCUCUGGCCAAGCUUGAAGAAGAACUGAAAAUAGUAGUCGACAAAACGGAGAUGAAUGAGAAACAAAUUCAAAACACAACUGACGAGCUGAACCGCUUCAUCAGAAGAUUUCAGGAAGAACAUGGCCACUGGACUGUGAAGUUCCUCGACUUUUUUAGAGGCUAUCCAGAUGCUAUGAAGGAGCCUAGUGCCAUCGCUCUGGAUAUAAAACUGAAACAACUCGACUCUGAGAAGAGCCUUCUGCGAAAUGAGGAAUGGAACAUCAAAAUCAAGCGGACUGAUCUUCAGCUGCAGCUGGCCAAUUGUAAAAUACGAAUGGGUGAGAUUCCCGACCCUGACAACCUGAAGGAAGUCCAGCUGUGUCUUUCUCAAAUCCAACAAAUUCUGAUUGAUCUGAAAAAGUUUUGGGAGAAGGUGGAUGCUAUUCUGUGCACGCUGAAAGAUCAAACCUUUGCUGGGGAGGAAAUGGUUGACAUGGAGGACAUGAAGGAUGGGUUUCUAAACUCCAUUGAAGAUGCAGCAAAGUACUGGAAGAGAUUUGGUAUGUGCUGUCAGAGAGCUCAAGACGUCUUCAGUGUUCAGUCUAGAGAUGCAUAUAAAUUCCUGGAGAUCAAUCCGUCUUCGCUCUCUGAGGAGGAGAGGAACCAGCAGUAUUUGUCUAUCACGGAGAAGCUGAAGAAAAUCAAUCCAGGGCCGCCAGCACUGAGUGACACCCAGAUCUGA